AUGGCGUCCACCGCGGCAGGGAAGCAGCGGAUCCCCGAGGUGGCGAAGGUGAAGAACGACGCUCCUGCCGAGGUGCAGAUCACCGCCGAGCAGCUGCUGAGAGAAGCCAAGGAGAGGGAGCUGGAACUUCUGCCGCCCAAGCAGGAGAUUACCGACAAGGAGGAGCUCAACGACUCCAAGCUGAGGAAGAGGAAGAAUCAUAAAGGAAGACCCAAAAGACACUGCUGUGAUGAUUGCGUGCAAGUCAGUUGCGAUCAGUGUGGAAAGGCUUUUGCCCAACAAUGUGAUCUAAAGCGACACCAACGUAUUCACACUGGAGACAAGCCUUACAGCUGUGAUCAGUGUGGGGCGGCUUUUGCCCAGCAAGGUCAUUUGACGAGACACCAACGUAAGCACACUGGAGACAAGCCUUACAGAUGCGAUCAGUGUGGAAAGGCUUUUACCCAGCAAGGUGAUCUAACGAAACACCGACGGAUUCACACUGGAGACAAGCCUUACAGAUGCAAUCAGUGUGGAAAAGCUUUUGCCCAGCAAGGUGAUCUAACGAAACACCGACGGAUUCACACUGGAGACAAGCCUUACAGGUGUGAUCAGUGUGAGGCGGCUUUUCCCCGGCAAGAUCAAUUUACGAAACACCAACGUAUUCACACUGGAGACAAGCCUUACAGAUGCAAUCAUUGUGGAAAGGCUUUUGCCGAGCAAGGUAAUUUGACGAGUCACCAACGUAUUCACACUGGAGACAAGCCUUACAGAUGUGAUCAGUGUGGAGCGGCUUUUGCCCAUAAAAGUAACCUAACGACUCACCAACGUAUUCACACUGGAGACAAGCCUUACAGGUGUGAUCAGUGUGGAGCGGCUUUUGCCCAACAAGGUCAUCUAAAGCAACACCUACGUAUUCACACUGGAGGUGUACAUUUGUGAUCAGUGCUGAUAUCAUUUAUUUUGAGAGUUCAGUUAAAAUGCACCAGUUUAGUUAAUUUAGUUUGAAAGAAAUAAUUCUGGUUGUUAGAUUGUGGGAAACAUUUUUGAAUAUAUUUUUAAAAAGCAGCAGAUUCUUACAGCUGUAAGAGCUGUUCAGUUAUAACCAGAUUUAGAAAAUGAAGUAGAAUUCAAUUCAAAAGUCUUUAUUUUGAGCAUGAUGGUAGUGUAAGUAACAGACAUGCUCGAACAUACUUGAACAAUCAAUGCAAUAGAUUUUUUUUUUGAAGCAGCAGAAGUUUUGACAUGUUCAAAAAGAAGUAAGAAGUAAAAAAAAUGUCUCCUUCCCCCUUGAACU